CGCGGGCCGCCAUCUUUCUCUGGCGGCUGGGCGCGCGGCGGGCAGGCAGCAUGGGUCACCAGCAGCUCUACUGGAGCCACCCCAGGAAGUUCGGGCAGGGCUCGCGCUCCUGCCGCGUGUGCUCCAACCGACACGGCCUCAUUCGCAAGUACGGGCUGAACAUGUGCCGGCAGUGCUUCCGCCAGUACGCGAAGGACAUCGGCUUCAUCAAGCUGGACUGAGCGCCGGGGGGAUGAGCCUGACGCUGGCAGCUCCUGCCGUUCCCCGGGGCCGCCGCGAGGAACCCACAGUGUUUCAGCAUCAUGCCACACAAUAAAUGGUCUCUGUGUCCCGUU